GUCAAGGAGGUGAUCAGGUGACACGGCGGUUGCUUGGCGUUACCCAAGCGGGAAGUUGAUGGGUGAUGGCGGCGCAACAACAGCAGCGACGGCAACAUGAGGAGGAGGAGGAGGUGGAGGGCAGAGCCACGGAAUAUCGUCUGGUUGAUUUAACAGAGAGAGGAUUGCAGCAUUUGGAUACCGUUUCUCUGUGUCCAGCAGAUACCUACACUCUGAUUCUCGACAAGAAUCAGUUGACUAAAUUGGAAAAUGUGGAAAAAUGCAAAGAUUUAGUACAAUUGUCUGUAGCCAGCAACCGACUGGUGCGGAUGAAUGGGGUGGCAAAGCUGGUAAAUUUACGAGUUCUAAACUUACCUCACAACAGUAUUGGAAAUGUGGAAGGCCUAAAGGAUCUCGUUCAGCUAGAAUGGCUUAAUUUAGCUGGAAACAACAUUAAGAUAAUGGAUCCAGUUAAUAGCUGUUUAUUGCUUCGACAUUUGGAUUUGUCUGACAACAAUAUCUCCCUGAUAGGUGAUGUGUCCAAACUCACCUCGCUUAAGACGCUUCUAUUGCAUGGAAAUACCAUCACCGCUCUCCGCUCUGCUUCCAGUCACCUGGCGUCAGGUUUAAGCAUCCUAUCACUGGCUGAGAAUGAAAUUAGAGACCUAAAUGAGGUUUCUUACCUGGGAUUCCUUCGUGAGUUGGAGCAGCUGUCAAUCAUGAACAAUCCAUGUGUGAUGGCUACACCUUCCCUUCCUGGAUUUGACUACAGACCCUAUAUCGUCAGUUGGUGUCUAACCCUCCAGAUUCUGGAUGGUUAUAUAAUCUCACAGAAAGAAAGCCUUAAAGCAGAGUGGCUUUACAGCCAAGGGAAAGGUCGGUCAUUUCGACCUAGUCAACAUGUGCAACUGGUCCAAUAUCUGGCCUCAGUCUGUCCUCUCGCAUCCACUCCAGCACUGCAAUCUGCAGAAGAUGCCAAACUUGAGAAAAUUCUAAAUAAACAGAGGCUUCAUCAGCUGGAACUGAUAGAGAAGUUUCAAAAUAGAGGCAGUCGUCUGCAGUCAGGCCCAACUCAGGACCUUUCAUUUCAAAGUGAACAUAACAGCACAACUCAUAAUUAUGUUGCAAAAGAGCCUGUAAUUCAAAUUAAUUCAUGGGUUGGAACAAGUGGCCAAGAUGACGACUCCUAUGUACUCAAGAGGUUGUCACCACUUGCUGGACAGACUGCAAGAUGUUGCCAAAGUGAACUCUUCUUAGAGGACAUUCAGACUGAUGAAGACAAACUGAAUUGUAGCCUUCUAUCAUCAGAAUCUACAUUUAUGCCUGUGGCCACUCUAUUGUCCCCAUCAUCACCUUCCUGUGAUCUAGGGCUUCCUGAUGAUCUUCUAGCUUCAGAAAAUUGUGUCAUAGCAGUCUCAUAUUUAGAAACCCAACUUAAUAAUGAGGAAAGUGAUGACCAAAAACAUCAAAGGCUUGGACAAAAAACAGAAGAGCGUGAGAUACACAUAGGAAGAGCCAGGGAACAAAGUAAAGUAGGAAAUGACAAUCAGCUAUUCUGUGUACCUAAUGCAUUGCUAUCUGAUGUCAGUCUCACUUCAAGUGCAAGCAGCUACCCAGUAUCCUGUCCUUUAACAAAAAGCCAAAUUAGUUUGGCUAAUCAGGGAGCAAUGGAAAAUGAAUGGAAUGUUGCGAUAAAAAAUGACAAGUCUGAUCAACGUGGUCAAUCUGGAUUCCUUGAAACCGAUGUACAGGUUAUGCAUGAAAUGAAUGAAGCAGCCACAAAAAUACAAGCUCUUUGGCGAGGAUUUUACAUCAGGAACUGCCAUAUAAAUACCAAGGAAGUGCGCAGUGAAAUUCGAUUACGAAGGAUGCAGGAACACAUUGAGUACUUGACUGAAGAAGUACUCAGGUGGAGGAAAGAAUGUGAAGAAGAACGUAUUCAAAGGCUGGUACAGGAAGAAGCUGUAAAGUUCUUAUGGAACCAGGUUCGGAGUCUCCAGGAGUGGAAGAUGUCCGUGACUCAGAGACAGACCGUAUUCCUGGACUCUGAUAUCAAUGAACUCACUCCAAGUCUUGUACAGCCAAUAUCUGUCCAUCAUUCUGAAUGUCAACCACAGUCCCUAUUAUUGAAUAAUCAUGCAAGCUCUAUUUGUAGACAAGGCACCAACUUAAUAGAUUUGAUGCAAGAAUUCCCCGAUUCUGGUUUUCAAUCUUCAGACAUUGCCAAUCAAUAUCUCAAAGAUUCCCUGAACUCUUGCCAGAGCUCCUCAGAAGGAAGCAACAGCACAGUUGUAGAAGCUUCCUUAGAAAUGGCCAAAAAAGAUAAUGAACUCCUAACUGAGGAAACAGAAGGCUCAGAUUCCAGCCACAAUGUAUGCAGCAAGGAGAGCUCCAACAGUGAACAGGACAACAGCCUUAUAGAGCAGUAUCUCAAUUCAGUUCAGCAAUUGGAAGCGGCAGAGGAUGGAGCAGAUUGUAGUGUAAGGACAGAAACUGGUAGUAGACAGGAUGAUCAAGAUUCUCUUUGUGAAAUUUCUGUAGAAGUGUCUGGGGAAACAAAUGCCAAGAGUCCAAGGGAUACAAAUACUGGCAGAACAGAAAUGUACAGUCAAGCAGAAGAAUGUAUUUAUGGAAUGUUAGAUUCCAAAGAAGAACAAAUGAAAGGUCAGCACCAGUCUAAGACCGAGUAGAAUAUCGAUACGAGCUGAACCACUUAAGGAAAUUCAAAAUUUAUAAUUCACAAUUUUCUUCUUCUUCUUUAUAAUUCUUCAAUUUUCAUUUCUGUGUGCCCACAAAACACGGAAAGCCCAAUGUGCCUCCAGUGCUGUAAAUUUAGCAGAGUUCAUGUCUUUUGUUAGUUACGUAAAAUUUAUUAAUUGCAAUUUUUAAAAAAUCGAACAAAUGUCUUGUAACUCCGUUUCCCAAACCUUGUGAUCUUUUCUAAUUUGAAAUGUUGUAGUUUAUCUUUAAUGCUUGUAAUUAAUGCCCAUCAUAUGGAUGCUAUCUAGAUUUGCGUGUGACUAUCCUAACCACUAAUGGAAUUUUGCUGAUGCUCACUACUCAAUGUUUACAGUAAUACGUUUUCUAUUCCAUCAUCCUAAGCCUGUCUAGUUAUUUAUUUAGCUGAAGUUUAUCGCUUUCUCUUUCCAUCCCUCUUCUAUGGGGAAAAAUUCCAUCUAAAUCCAGAUCUACUUUAAGUAGCAUUUUAGAGCAUCCAGAAUAUUCCAAAUA